GCGCCGAAGCGAGAGGAGGGUGUGUGCCGUUGCGCCCGUUCCCGUCUGCGUCUGUACGAGUUCAACGUGUGUGUGAGAGGCACAAGUGAAGUGACAUGAUUUCUUCGAAACUACAUACAGCUGCCGAACUGGUGGAUAUUAUCUGAUGACAGAACGUGUGUCAGUGUUCUUCAGUGGUGAAGUGCUUUUGCUUUUCUCCCCGCGGGGGGACGGUGCCCUUCACGUAAAGGGAAGUCCGACGUCCUGUUUCGUAGACGUCUGGGAUGCGGAAUUCAACGCCCCAGAAUGAAGGAACACUUUUAUGAUAAUAGUCCUUUGGGCUUUGCCUCAUCACCAAAGUUCCAAACUAUGGACUCGGAUUUCUCGCGAGAUGAGUGGUCGCCCGGCCCUUGGAGUCCUGCAGAGGUUUUAGUAGCAAGAACUCUCACAUGUUUAUGUGCCACAUUAGCGUCUCGCUUCUACAGGUUCCUAGCCAGAUUCUCGGGCAGGAGACGCGCGCCGCCGCAGGCCCGGCCGGCUGUAGGGCGGCAACACCCCUGCAGGAUGCCGCCCCCGCUCGCCACCAUAGUGCUAGUCGUCUCUACCGUCCUCAGCAUAGCGGAGGCAUGCUCGAGCAGGUCGACGCCCAAGCCGCGGUCCGCAGCCCCCACGGCGCGGCCCAACGUCACAUUCCACACGUACGAUUGCCCGCCGACCUACGCCAAGUGGUACUGCCUCAACCACGCCACCUGCUUCGUCGUCAAGAUCGGCGAUUCCCUCCUCUACAAUUGCGAGUGUGCAGAUGGGUACAUGGGACAAAGGUGCGAAUACAAAGACUUGGAUGGAACUUACUUACCAUCCCGGCAGCGUGUUAUGCUAGAGACGGCCAGCAUUGCAGGUGGUGCCACAAUUGCUGUGUUCCUUGUUGUUUUUGUUUGUAUAGCUGUUUACAUUCACCUACAGCGAAAACAAAAAGAACUACGAGCCAGUUGUACAGACGGUAGCAGUCGAGACCUCGAACAACGACCUUUCAGUAGAGAUGUACUGGCCAUCUCCAUUGGUAGAUCGAAUCAGACUCAGAACUCAUCUGAAUCUCAUAUGCCAGUGGAAACAGCAGGCUUCACUACGCUUGUUACUCAUGCCGGCACAGAACAGUUGCCUAGCAGUCAGUGGCACCAACCUGUGUCGAGAGCGUGAAGAAUGUGAAUAGUUCCGUCUGUUAUUAUUUCGUAUAAGUAUUUUGCUUGAUGAAAAUAUAUUUAUUGUAUUGUAUAAGACACAUACAGUUUGGCAGCCAGAAAAUGGAUGUGUUAAUCACUCAGCAUGUGAAUAUUGAGAUAGAUCCACAGUGGUUUAGACAUGUGUUCAGUUUGUGAAGUAACAUUCUGUUGCUUCUUAUGUUGUUAAUUUCUUUCAUUUCUUUUCUUCUUCUUUUUUUUUCUUUUUACUAAAUAAGACUGCCUUAUUUCCCUGAUACAUUAGCAUGGUAACUGACUGUUUGGUAUGGAUGAAUAUUUUUACAGUGGCAGCAACUGUAUCAGUUUAAUGACAAAAGUAUUGCCUUUUUUAUGCCUCGCAGAGGAAUAUAGUCUGUCUGAUGUUAGAGUAGGCUUAUAUAUCUGUUUCUUGCUGGCAGGCGAGUAGCUGUGCUUUGAUAAAAACGCUUAUUCACAAAUAUUCAUGUUCAACCUCUUGUACUGACUGAUACAUAGGAGGAAAACCUUGUUAUUAUAGUAUUACACCUGCAAUAGAAACAGAUGUAAUGGCAUUUCAUUAGUGAGCUGACAGUUGAUACCGAUAUGUACUAAGUCAUUACAUAUUGUGUUCUGGCACGAGUGAUUCCACUUAUUACAUGAUAUGUGGGACACUAACCUAGUUAUGUAUGACAGCGUCAGGAUAAUUAUUAUCCUAUGUAAUUACUGUAAAGCAAAUUAUCUAGUAAUCACAACACAUUCCGUUCACAGUGACUUUCUUUAAUUUGUAUUUAUUUAUUAUUGUCAAAUCGCGGUUGCUAAGUUAAUCAUUACAUCAUAGACCUAACAGAAAUUUUUCAGUUCUCAUUCAUUUGUUAUUUAUUUUAUUUUUGGUUCUAAAUACAGAAUUUGUGUUUAUUUUCACAAACAAUAUUUCCCUGUAACUGUUGGAAGCACGAUAAUUCUCUGUAAUGCCAGGAAACAGUUUAGUUUCAUUCUGUAUCAAAAGUUGAAUAUUUUGUAUGCAGAGUAGUCCAUUGGAAGAUACUGAAAUAAAAUUUGUUUAUUGCGCUGGAAGAUGAGUUAACAUAUUCAUUAAUUAAACUCUGGCAGCUGUAAUAUUAAUGUUGUUUUUGUAAUAUAUGUAAAUAGUAACAAAAGUAUAAAAGUGGAAGUAUUCCAAGGUAAGAAAGAUUAAAAGUCUUCUCAUAAUUUUUGAAAAUCUGAAAGUAUGCAUAUAUUUAUGUGUAUGUUCGUGCAUUUGAUACCGGACUAUUUCCGUACUAACAUGUAUAUUUUGUAGAUAUUGAGAAGAGCCUCUGUUUUCAUCUCUGUACAAAUUUUUCAUAAUCUUACAGAACAUACUACUUAUUUCCAUUCUUCAUUUAUAAUUACUUGGUUCCUAAUUUAUUAUUAUUGCUAUUAUUAUUUUUAGAAGUUAGCACUUGUAUUCUAAUCCAGUUAUAAGUUUGCAUAUGGUGUACAUAUAUGUGUGCCUGAAAAAUAGAAUGUAUGGAGAUGAAUGUAUGUGUAAUUAGCCUUCUUGGCAGCUGUUGUCCUGUCUGGUAAUUUGCUGCGUUUCAUUCCAGCUUCCUCUUGCUAACUUGGAAGGAACAUUGUUGUUACUGAUAACACUAUACCUUGGCUGCAAGUUUUAUUUUUAUAUUAAAAAUUUCUUGUUUCUCUUACACAUGAAUACCAAAGAUAUAAAGUUAAUAUUUAAUAUGAGGCCAACUUUCUCCCUCAAUAAUCCAUACCAAAGUUUCAGUCAUAAUAACUGUAUAUGCAAAUAUAUGACUUCUGCAGUGUGAAGAAUUCUGUAGAAAUGAGCACCUAGCCUCAGUUACAGAUGUUUCAAAAGGAAAGUGUCAGCAUAUGUGAUGGUGGAAGAGACUAACCAUUCUUAAUAAUUAAUUGCAGCAGUUAAAACUAAAUUGUUAAUUAGAAGAGUAGCAAUGAUAUAUUCUAAAUUUUGCCCGUAUUUAUUACUCACAUGCUGAGUUUAGCUUCAAUGUGAUAUGUCAGCUUUUAAAUGUGUAUGUGUAUGUAUAUACACAAUGAUAAGUAUUCCAAAAAGCAGUUAUGCACUGAACAUAUUCCAUAGUUAUGUUAAUUGUUAAUGUUCCUAGAGUAAUUAUCCUCACAAAAAUUUCAACUAAACAGACUUAUUUUAGACAGUUGUACCAUGGCUGCAUGUUGUUCUGGUAUUGUCUAAAUAAUGUUGCACUUUGUUUAUCUUUAUUUACGUGCAGAGUUAUCUUCAUCAGAAUAACUCAGCAAGUCAACAGCUAUUUCAUACUAGUACACAGUAUAUGAGACAGAUUGUGAUGUAUUUGCAUUCAAUAGCAUUUAGAAUUCACACAAUAUUUCACAGAUUCUCAGGUAUUCAACAAAACAGUGGAAACACAAAUUCCUCGUAAUGUAUUCUUGCCACCAAAUAUGCGUAAAUGUCCUUCAAAACUAGUCACUGGUGUGAGCAAGAGUGAGAGCAUUUGCAUGAAUGUAGAUUUUUUGAUUUAACUUUUACAGUGCAUUAUACUUCAGUGUUUUUCUAUGUCCAAAGAUUCAGUGUUUCAAUUGUCUUUAAUUAUCAUGGUAAUGUAUUCCAUACUUAAAACAUCUACAUGCUUUAAUGUUUAAUUUAUGAGUUAUAGUUGGUAAUAUCUGUGUAUGAAGACAUUGCAAAUGUUGUACAUAGUAUUAUGCUUCCUUUUUAUAAACUCUUAUUUUUAAUAAUUUGUUGUGUUCCUUAUGCUCAGAAAAUAAUUUUCUAAAAUGUAUUUCAUGUUGUUAAAAUUGUAAUAAUUGUUGUUAUGGUUGGUGUAUUGUCAUGAAUUUGCAAGUAAAUUUUUUAAAAAGCAAAAAUAUGUGUAACACAGUUUCUUUAUGGAUACUGUCCUCCACUUCCAGAAUCGCACUUCUGUGUUGUAAAUCUUUCGGUCCUGCCAUUUGUUUUAGUUACAUCCAGUAUAAUUUGUAGUAUUACUGUUAAAUUUCAUUCUAAUGUGUGCAUUAACAUAAACAAUAAUUCAUACAUAUCACGGAUCUUGAAUUUGGAUCUCUGAUUGUAGGAUGCGCUUAAAUUUAAAUAUUGGCAUAAACUGAAUUUAAUGUGUAGUAUUUUAUGGGGCAGAUAUAAAAGUAAAAAAAAAAAUCCAAAGUAAUGUUUUCUGUACCAGAAGUGUGAUUUUUUGGAAAUGGCGGCUGUUAGAGAUUAGAAUGCAGUUAAAGGAUUAGGAAUACCUGCAGCCAUGGUAUUUGCCAGUGACAAAUUUUUUAAUUUAUUUUGAAACAAUCAGAUAUAAAUAACAUUGAUGUCUACAGUCUUCUAAUACAGCUCUCUCACUGCCAGAUGCUUAUUUAAUUGAAGCAUCUAGUUGGCAGUGUAAGAAAAGUAUUAAGUGUCUUCACAUCUUAACGACACAUUGUGUAUCAGGUGCAGUUUAAUUUUGGAAAUAAAGUACUCAGUUAUGUGGAGCUUUAUGAAAUGUAACAGAAUCUCAAGAAAUUGAAACUAAGAUGUUUGUGAUACAAAAAUGUUUCCACACAGCCAUUUUAUUCUGAAAUUGCCAGACUAAUACUGCAAAGGAAUAUUAUGGCAUAGCCACAGAGCACUCGCUGUAUUAUUAUUUUAUAUAAGCUCACCAGCACAAUUUAGGCAAUAGUUGUUGUACUGAAUCUGAAGUAAAACUGCGGUAGCCUUCAGUAAUAAAA